AUGUUGGGUGCUCUGCGGGCGAAGCCUCUGGCUAGGUCGUUCACCUCUCGGGCAGUCGAUGGCUUCACUGGCGCCGUCGGCAACACUCCUCUGGUGGAUCCGCCUCAAGAACUCUCGGAGAAGACAGGGUGCAACAUUGUUGGCAAGGCCGAGUUCCAAAAUCCUGGUGGUAGCGUGAAGGAUCGCGCUGCGUUAGGUAUCGUUCGGGACGCAGAAAAUCGAGGAUUGCUCAAAGCUGGUGGGACAGUCGUGGAGGGCACGGCUGGAAACACUGGCAUUGGUCUCGCCCAUGUCUGCAGGUCUCGGGGCUACAAAUGCGUGAUCUUCAUGCCCAAUUCUCAGAGUCAAGAAAAGAUCGACCUCUUGCGCAUGCUUGGCGCAGAGGUCUACCCCGUACCCGCAGUCGCAUACGAAAACCCCAAGAACUACAACCAUCAGGCCCGCGACUUCGCCAAGAGCCUACCCAACGCCAUCUGGACAGACCAAUUCGACAACGUCGCGAAUACAAGGGCCCAUUAUACCUCGACAGGCCCGGAGAUCUGGGAGCAGACGAUGGGAAUUUUAAUGGAGAGGAGUGGUUCCUCCAUCACUGAGGGCAUUGGUCAGGGCCGAAUCACAAAGAACCUUGGGACAUUCGUGAAUGAACUGGACGGCGCGCUGAGCAUCCCUGAUGCGGAGUCGCUGGAAAUGGUGUACGACCUCCUGGACAGCGAAGGUCUCUACCUCGGUGCCAGUUCGGCUCUCAACGUCGUUGCGGCAUACAAGCUGGCGCAGAAAGUAGGACCUGACGUUGCUACCAUACUUUGCGAUGGUGCCUACCGGUAUCAGAGCCGCCUGUUCUCAAAAGCUUGGGUAAAGUCAAAGGGGCUGGAAGACGCGAUUCCUCUACACCUCAAGAAGUACACGGUACUAGAUUGA